AUGAUGUUCAAACACGGGUUUGUGCAUUGUGACCCACAUGCUGCCAACUUGUUAGUCCGUCCUCUGCCUUAUAGUGGAAAGAGCAUUCUAGGUGAGACUCUCCUGCAUUGUUGA